GUGGACGCGGCGGAGGCGAGACGGCGGGAGAGCUUCGGAAGGGAGGCGGGGUACGUCGAGGUCGAGGCGCUCGACGGGACGAGCGCGGCGUUGGUGCACGUGCUGGGACGCGUCGUGCGAGAGACGAUCGCGCCGAGCAGCUGGCGUCCGCGCGCGGGGGGACGCGACGGCGCGCGGUACGUGCGAAGGAUCGUUUGGGUGGUGCAAACGCACGGGGGACGGUGCGUGGCGAUUUGUUUACCGCCGACGACGGAGGCGGCGGCGGCGGAGCGAUCUUUAUUGAAAGACGGUGCGGUGAUCGACGUGCGCAACGCGUUGGUUCGACGAAACGCGCAGACGGGCGUGUGUGACUUAGUGUGCGACGUUCGAUCGCACUGGCGCGCGCUCGAUGGGAAGGACCCGAGGUACGCCGACGUGUGCGCUCGCGCGCCGAAAUCGGCGUUUGAGCAAACGCUGACGUUCGAAGCGCUCGCGCUCGCGAUGCACUCGAACGGAUUCGCGCGCGCGUCGUCCAUGAUUCGAUUCAAAGCGUGCGUGCGAUGGGUGAAGGUGGCCACAGAGCGUAGACGCGUGCCACCGAUGCUUCGCGAGACGGACUCAUCCGUGACGGCGGCGAUGACGUACUUGGCGUGCCUCGCGUGCUCGCGAGAGCUCGAAACCGAUCACAACAACGUGUACAAGAUGUGUCACUGCACGUCAAACGACGCGAGGUGUGGGUUCGUGUGGCGGGACAUCGUGCUCGGAAUGCAAAGCGACCACGGAGAUUCCAAGACGGUGAUUCCGGUGCGGGCGCGCGGCGACAUCGCGCGACGACUUUUAUUCAACGUCGACGCGUCGAGCGUGUUGGACGAACACGCCAGCGACGACGAGUUUGACGACUUCGACGACGACGACGCAGCUCCGCGUUCAGAUCACAAGAAGGUCGUGGUUGCCGCCAUCAACGCGCUCGCCGCCGGCCGUCGAAACGCCGCCAUGGAUUGGCGAGUGAAAUUCCCCGCGCUCGACGAGAACGGACUGCCGAGACGAGACGAGCUCGAGCUCGUGGAUUUUAACGCAGACUAA